AUGCAGAAGGACCUUUUUUUCUGGACUGAACUGACCUGGAUAUACAACAUGCACAACAGCACUGCUGAAGCUGAUGGGAACAUAAUGGUACCAUGUAACGGGACUUCAUCCCCACAGCCGGAGACCUCAGAGUUUGCCAUGGGUGUCUUGGUGCUCCUGGCUCUGCUUAUGGUGCUGCUAGCUCUGGUCACAGUCCUUGGAAACGUCCUGGUGAUCCUUGCUUUCAUCAUGGACAGAAAUCUCAGGCAUCGGAGCAACUAUUUCUUUCUCAAUCUUGCUAUUUCUGACUUUGCAGUGGGUGCAUUCUGCAUACCACUGUACAUCCCUUAUGCCCUGACAGGGACCUGGUACUUUGGAAGAGGCCUUUGCAAGCUCUGGCUAGCUAUGGACUAUCUCAUGUGCACAGCUUCAGUGUUUAACAUUGUCCUUAUCAGCUACGACCGUUUCCUGUCAGUUACAAAGGCUGUAUCUUACAGAGUCCAGCGGGGAAUAAUGUCCAACCCUGUUGUCAAGAUGGUGGCCAUCUGGAUCUUUGCCUUCCUCCUCUACUGCCCAGCAAUUCUCUUGUGGGAACGUGUGUCUGGCUACAGCACGGUGCAGGAAGGGCAGUGCCACGCUGAGUUCUUCGACAACUGGUACUUCCUCCUUUGUGCAUCCACCCUGGAGUUCUUUGUGCCGCUGCUCUCAGUCACCUACUUCAAUGUGCACAUCUUCCACAACAUCCAGAGGCGCCAGAGACGUGGUAGCAUUCAGGACUCUGAGGCUCCAAGGAGCAGCAGCUCGUCCUGGAGAUCUUGCUUCUUGCCAAGGCCUGAUGUGUCAUCUUCGUUGGAAGUGGAGGACAGUGUUUCAUCAUUAACGAGGUCGUUGAGACCAUCACUGGUUUCUACCUGCCCAUCUCCACCACCAAUGAGUCCCACGCCUCUCAAAAAGGACUUCUCUGCUUCUUUCCGCACAAAUGCUGGGUCAAAACUGCAAAGAGACAAAAAAAUUGCAAAGUCGCUUGCCAUAAUUGUUUGUGUCUUUGCCAUUUGCUGGGCACCAUAUACCUUACUAAUGAUUAUUCGUGGGGCCUGCCAAGGUCGGUGCAUUCAUAGAACCCUGUAUGAAAUUACCUUUUGGCUUUUAUGGCUCAAUUCCUCUCUGAACCCAUUUCUUUACCCACUCUGUCACAUGAGGUUUCGAAUGGCCUUUAUGAAAAUAUUGUGUCCCCAAAAGUUUGCAAAGUUGAGAUCACCUUCUAUUUAG